AUGUCCUGCAUCACUGACAAAUACGAAGGGAGCCUAGAAAAUCGUUGUCGCUUCGCACUAGAAGUAAAUGAAGUAGUUGUGGAUGAGAUGGGAGCAGAUAUAUUGGAGAUUAGUCUCUCUCCUUUCUCAAAUUAUAUGGAAUCGGGUUAUUCAAAUCCCACUGCUUUGGGAGUUUACAUGGAUGAAUCCUUGAACAAGUAUGGAAUUCUCUACUGCCACAUGGUCGAGCCAAGGAUGAUAAUUGUAGAAAAGAAGUGUCAUACACUCCAUAGUCUUAUACCAAUGAGAAAAUCUUUCACGGGAACAUUCAUGGUUGGUGGAGGUUAUGACAGAGAAGAUGGUAAUAAAGCUAUUUUCAGCAAUUCAGCAGAUCUUUUUGUGUUCGGUAGGUUAUUCUUAUCAAACCCGAACUUGCCAAAGAGAUUUGAUAUUAAUGCUCCUCUUACUAAGUACAACAGAGAAACAUUCUAG